AUGAUAGGCAAGGACGCAGUGAAGAUCUACAGAUCAAGACUAAUGAUCGUGGGAUGUGCAGGCGCAGGAAAAACCACUCUUCUGGAAAGGCUCCUAAAUCGAGAUUUAGUUGAAUUUCCUGAGACUAAGUCAACUGUUGCUCUAGACACCCAUGAGAGUAUAUUCAAAAUAUCUGAGGAAACAAACAAAAUGAUCGCAAUCAGUGGAAAUUAUCCCGACAAAAAUGAGAAAACAUUGAGUGUUACAGACUUUGCUGGACAGAGUGCAUAUUAUGCUUGUCAUCAGGUUUACCUAUCAAGGAGAGCGUUGUAUAUACUUGUUAUUGACUUGUCAAAAGAACCAACUGAGCUGGUAUCACCAGAGAAGACAUUUUCCAGAGAAGCAUUAUUUGACAACUGGACAUAUAGAGAUUACUACAAAUUCUGGAUGGAGUCCAUCAGCACAUAUUGUGAUAAAACGAGUCCAGUCAUCUUAGUCGGUACCCACAAGGAUCUCGUCAGUGAGCAAACAGAGAAGUGCAAAACUAAGUUUGAGAGGUUCGACAACUUUCUUUCACAACUCCCAGAUGUUAAUCAAUUGCAAAAACAUCUCCAUAGAAAGAACUACUUUGAAUUAGGAAAACCGGGAGAAAGCAGAGAUGAAAUGGAAAGAUUGGAAAAGUGUAUUGUCGAGAUGAUACAGAAACAAUCAACCUGGGGCGAAAUAUUACCAAAACAAUGGGAUGACUUUGAUCGGAAAUUAGGCAGUUUCAAAACUGAACGACUAAUAACUUAUUUGAAACUAAUCCAUUCAAACAAAUUUAAGACUCUUAUUCCGGAACAAAAUGAAGAUAUCUUGGACAUGCUACGAUUCUAUCAUGAUUGUGGUAAAAUUCUAUUUUUCAAUGAAAUAGGUCUUUCAGAUUUUAUAAUCCUUGAUGUCCAAUGGUUUGUCAAUGCAUUUAAGAAUGUUAUAACUGAUAAAAACCACAGAACACGAGUCACAAUGAAAGAAUGGACCUCUUUUAAUGAAACAGGAAUGCUAGAAGAUGAUCAUAUUAUAACAAUUUGGACGGAGUUGGGAUUACAUGAAAUGAUUCUUUAUAAAGAUCAGGUUUUGUUAUAUAUGCAGCGACUUGGCCUGAUCGCGGUUGGGAAUGAAAAUCUUUAUGUACCAAGUGUGAAUAAACUAGAACUGGCAGAUAACGAUUUUGAACAAAUUGAAAAUUCUAAGCAUACUAGCAUUUUAAAAUUUAAAUUUCCGCAAUUUUUACCACAUUUUUAUUUCUAUAGACUUGUUGUAGCAAGUAUGGGACACUGGAAAGCACAAGAAGAUGGUAAACUUCCGCUGCUUUUCAAAAACGCUGCCUUUCUAAAGUAUACAGACAAUUGCCAUCGAAUAGUCUUGGGUGUAAGCAGUUCACAAAUUCACCUUCAGAUAUAUAAUUGCAACUCAAAACCAUUGGAAGCAAAUGCUAUCUUGGAUAUUCGCUGUAAGAUUGAAUCAUUUUUGGAACAACUAACGCAAACCUUUCAUAAGCCGGUUGAAUAUUUUCCCGGAUUCACGUGCAAAUCAACCAAUGUCACAGAGGAAAGCGAGGAUGCUGUUUUCAUUCGUGAGUCAGAAGCUGUAGAAAUUUAUUUAGCUGAUCCUUCUGAGUCAUCUUCAUUAUGUCCAAAACAUGAUAGAAAUCUCCAUUAUCUAAGCUGGAAACAAAUGCUUAUGUACUGGAGAAAGGAAAAUGACCAAGAGCACAAAAAAAGUCAGCGUUUAUUUUCCAGGAGAUCAGACUUGGUAAAGCGAAGAAAUAGAUAUGUUAAAUGGAAAAAGGAUGCAGAGGAUGUUGAAACAUGGGAAUAUUCUGAUUGA